UCGCUCAACAUAUGACAGCACCCAGCAUGGGUACCUCGUUUGUAGAGAAGCUGUUAUUUUUAAAGAUGUUUAAGAUGUAUUUUUGAGUGAUAUGUGCUAUCGUGGAAUAGACAUACACAUUUCUUUGUUGAACAGUUUAGAUGUUGCCCAGUUUUCAUAGCCAACGCUGUAGGUGUUUUCACCGGUGAUGGCACCAUGUUGACUGUGCGUUGUUGGUAAGGAUGCGGUACUGCACAAAUCAAGAAAUUAAAGCUAUCUAGCUAACUAGAGAAGUUGCACCUAUCUGAAGUCCCCCUUGAGUCAGACGAACGGGUGCACAUCAAGCCCCAAACUGAACUGUCCAAAGUCAUGAAGGCUAAAUCCCGCUCCAAACAUGGCCAGAAAAAUGGCCAGAAAAAUGGCAGCAACAAAAGAAUCAAAAACCCCAAAUGGCAUCAGCACGGGCCCAGCCACAGCAAGUCGCUUCUCACGGCGGUCGGCCAAAACCUGCUCGUGUCAUCGGCCAGAAAUGAACACGGCGCAGGGGACAGUGGGAAACGACCCACCAUGAACACGAAAAGACAAUUUGCUACAAGUAGCAGUAGUAGUAGGACUAUGAACACCCAAUCACCCGCAGCUGCAGAACCCGCACGGAAAACCCAAGCGAUGACUUCACAUGCUAACGGACAGACGGCCAAGUCUUGGUCGAGUGGUUCUGACAGCGAUACGGAGGACUCUCAGGGCUGGAGGUCCUAUGCCCAGUCGGUGCUGCAGAACGGCUCCACCACAGCAGCAGCGGCGCCCGGUGCGGAGGUGGAGGAAGGGCAACAGAACCAAUGCCCUGCAGGAGGGGAGGACACGCAGCUGUUCCUCACCCAGUUCGACCACGUCAAGAAUCGCACACUGAUGGUCAUGCAGCCCGGACAAACGUUAUGUUUCCGUGGGCGGUGCCUGCUGACCUGCCUGUACGGGCGUGUGGAGGUGCUGGGCUUCACCAUCGAGGAGGGGCAGCAGCCGUACCCCCUCUACUCCCCCGCCUCCCACUGCCCCCUCUCCAUCACCGCGCUGGCACACAGCCCCCUCAACGCCAAGCACCGCCGGGAGGGACGCCAGGAGGCCAAGCUGAUCGUACGCAAACACCUGAGCACAGUGCCCAAGAAUCACCUGCUGAAUGAGAUGGAGGCUGACUCGUGUGUGAUCCUGCUGGAGCCGCUGGAGAACUCCCUCACGCGCUUCCUCACCAGCCAGAGCACGCUCAAGGAGCUCUUCGCACUCAGCUCGAGAGAGCUGCGUGAGGAUGCGGCGGUGGCCAACUCGGCCCUGAGUGCGGUGGGGGUGACGGCCCUGAGCACCAGCGGGGGACACCAGGGCCUGGUCAGCUCCCGCAGCUACAGGGACGCCCUGCACAGACUGGUCAGAGUCUGGGGAGAUGACGAAGGGGAUCGCUGUCCAGUAAUCCUGGUGUACGGUGCUAAGAACUCUGGGAAAUCUACCUUCGUCCGCCACCUCAUCAACAGCCUACUAAAUCACACGGCGAGUGUGGAGUACCUGGAGUGUGAUGUAGGCCAGACGGAGUUCACUCCUCCUGGAUGCCUGUCACAGACGGUAGUCACAGAACCCCUUCUGGGUCCUCCAUUCACCCACCAGCUGCAGCCGCGCCACAUGGUGUACUACGGCCAGGCGGACUGCCAGGCGGACCUCGACCGCUACCUGGAGUCCCUCAAGUCCCUCUGGAGACACCACAGCGGAGACAUGCCCGUCAUCAUCAACACCAUGGGCUGGGUCAAAGGUCUUGGUUUCCAGCUGUUGGUGGACCUGGUGCGUCUCUUCUCCGUGACCCACGUGGUGCAGCUGAGUUUCGGGAGCACGUCUCAGUGUCCCGCCCUGACGCCCGAGUACCUGAGGACCGCUCACGGCUGGCAGACGCACCCCCCGGCCCCGCACCCCCCCGCGGGGCUGGGACAAGAGGAGUUCCAGGAGACCCCCCACAGCCACGCGUUCCUCAGCGUCCACUCAGAGUUUGAGGGUGCAGGCUCCUCAGGGGAGAUGCGACACCAGCGCAGCAAUGAGCUGAGAGACCUGGCUCUGAUGGGAUACUUCAGCCAGAUGCAGGCACCCGACUCAAACGUCAUCAGACCACUCCACUGCUUCACACCUUACCAGGUGCCCCUCUCGGCAGUGGCGGUGGGCGUGACCCAUUGUGAGGUGGCUCCGACGCACAUCCUGUACGCGGCCAACGCCAGCCUGGUGGGGCUCUGCUGCCUGGAUGAGAAGGUGGCGGGAGGCCGCGGGGGCCCAGUGCUGCUCUCUCAGACUCCCAUCUGCUCCUGCGUAGGCCUGGGUGUCUUGAGAGGAGUGGACAUGAUCCGUGGUCUCUACUUCCUGGUUACUCCGGUUCCUCCUGCUCUCCUGAGUCGGGUCAACUGCCUGCUGCUGGGAGAGAUCUCCCUGCCCAAAGCCCUGAUGACCACACAGGGCGGAGUGGACGGGGACCUGCCAUAUGUGACCACCGACUACAGCUUUGAGCUGACCGGAGCAGGCAAGGUCCACGUCUUCAAAGGACUCUACAGACCAAGCUUUGUCAAGCAGUCCAAUUCAACUGCAAACAAGAUGUAACACACCCCCAGGAUGGGUACCCACCUGAAUGUCAGCAAUGUAUGGGACUCUCUUUAUGGAUGCAGAGACUAUUUUUUUCUUCCUGCCUCUGAAUGUGAGCUAAGGAGAGCUCAGCUCAACGGCGCCCCUGUUGGCACUGUAAGGGAUUGCCUUUAUUUAUGCUCUGGCCAUGCGGUUCUUGGGCCGCCCAUGCGUUCGUUCAGACUGUACCAGCCAACCAGCCGGGGGCCUAUACUAAGAAGCUGGUGCAGGAGUAAAGCAGGUUAAGUUAAGAGGUAAAUCAUCUAAUAGAAGAGCCUUGGGUCCUUAUUUUCUGAAGCAAAUGAGGACUCCAGGCUCUUCUAGUAGAUUAUGGGCCAGCAUCUUGGUAUAGACCCCAGAGGUGUCAAAUGGUGGAAUGAGUUUAUACUAGCUAUCAUCGUUUCAAUACUUUUAAUAAUAUAGGUCAUGGUUUUUGCCUGCUGCUGCGUGUAGGCACUGUACACCUUUCAACUGUUUUACCCCUUCGUAAGAAAAUAAAUAAACUUCAUUUU